CUCCAGCCACCGGUGAAACAGCGCUUGCGCCAGUCAGUCACAUUACAAAGUUGAUUGCCACACACGGCGAUUUUUUUGGCUUUAAAUCGAAACUAAAUCCAAAACCAAGCAACCUGUGUGCUGCGUUGCUGUGGGGCCUAGAGUGCGUGGACCCAGAAGACCCCCACAGAUAGACGGAGCCACCAUGAAGCGUUGCACAUUUUCUGACAGCAAACAGCUCAGUGUCUCAACCAAGGCGUAACCAAGUUUACGUCUGCCGGCGUCAUGACGCUCCCAGUAUUUGGUUUCCGCGCCGCGACGAGCCGACCCGACAUGGAAACAGCGGACAGUGACGGUAAACCGAGCGAACAGCAGACAGAUAAGGGAAUGGAGACGGACAGGUCUAUGUCAAGGUCCGACAGUGGGAGUGGAGAUGAUUCCUUGGAUGGCCUCUCAAAUCGUGUCCCCCGUUGCCCUUUGACCCCUUCUUUAUCGCCACGAAAACGGACCACGAGCCAGUCAAAGACAGAGCCUCCGCUGCUGAGGACCAACAAACGGACCAUCUACACUGCUGGCAGACCACCGUGGUACAACGUCACCGGGACCACCUUCAAAGAGGCCUUUGUUAUUGGUCUGUGUGGAGGAAGUGCCUCCGGUAAAACCACAGUAGCCAAUAAGAUCAUUGAAGCACUGGACGUUCCCUGGGUGGUUCUGCUCUCCAUGGACUCCUUCUACAAGGUGUUGAAUAAAGAAGAGCAGGAGCUGGCAGCCAAAAACGAGUAUAACUUUGACCACCCCGAUGCUUUUGACUUCGAGCUGCUGGUCAACGUCCUCAGAAAGCUGAAGAAGGGGAAAAGCAUCAAAGUGCCAGUGUACGACUUCACCUCUCACUGCAGACGCAAAGAAUGGAAAACAGUGUACGGGGCCAAUGUUGUCAUCUUUGAGGGCAUCCUGGCCUUCGCCAACAAGGAGCUUCUGAAGCUUCUGGACAUGAAGGUGUUUGUGGACACAGACUCGGACAUCCGCCUGAUACGCAGGCUGAAAAGGGACAUUUCACAGCGUGGACGGGACAUCAGUGGCAUUAUCAAGCAAUACAAUAAGUUUGUAAAGCCGGCAUUCGAGCAGUACAUUGAGCCCACGGUGCAGGUCGCUGACAUUGUGGUGCCCAGGGGUGGAGAGAAUUUUGUAGCGUUGGAUUUGAUUGUUCAGCAUGUUCACAGUCAGCUGGAGAAGCGUGAGAUCACUGUGAGAUCGGCUCUGGCCUCGGCUCAUCAGGGUCAGCCUUUACCCAAGACCCUCAGUGUGAUGGAGAGCACACCACAGGUCCGCGGCAUGCACACCAUCAUCAGGAACAAGGAGACUAACCGGGACGAGUUUAUCUUCUACUCCAAAAGAUUAAUGAGGCUUCUGAUCGAACAUGCCCUCUCCUUCCUACCUCUCAAGCCAGUAUCUGUGGAGACACCUCAGGGUGGAGUCUACGAGGGCAAGAGGCUGAGCGGUAAACGAAUCACUGGUGUGUCUAUCCUGAGAGCAGGAGAGACCAUGGAGCAGGCCUUGAUGGCUGUGUGUAAAGACAUCAGACUGGGAAAGAUCCUCAUCCAGACCAACCACGACACUGGAGAGCCAGAGCUUCACUACCUUCGCCUGCCCAAAGACCUCAGUGAGGACUACGUCAUCCUGAUGGACAGCACCGUGUCCACUGGAGCUGCUGCUCUCAUGGCCGUCAGGGUGCUGCUGGACCAUGAUGUAGCAGAGGACAAGAUCUUCCUGUUGUCCCUGCUAACGGCAGAGAUGGGCGUGCACUCGGUGGCCUAUGCUUUCCCCAAAGUCCGCAUCAUCACCACAGCUGUGGACAAAGAGGUCAACGACCAGUUCCACAUCAUACCAGGCAUCGGUAAUUUCGGCGACCGUUACUUUGGCACCGACGCUCCCUCGGACUGGUGUGAAAGUGACGAAGGGAUGGACUUCUGAAGAGAGGCCGGAUCAGGGCAGCGGAGCACUUAUCCGUUUUAAAAUAGUGAAAAGACCCUCCUUCAUCCCUCACUGCUCUGACCUGCUCGGCUCGCUCGACAUCGCCCCGACCAAGUGAGGUGAUGCUGCGUGAGCCGCUUCCCGCUCGGAAGAGUGGAAACUGAAUGGAGUUCAGCGUUAGGUCAGUGAGGAGCAACAGUGGAGGCUUCCAUUUGUGCCAGGCAGGUUUCACUACAUUCCCCCAUUCUUGUUUACAAGCAAAGUUUUUUUUUUUUUUUAAAAGUGUUACCUCUCCUGCAGGACGCUGGACAUUUGUUGGCUUUGACAUCUUUUUCACACACACCCGGUCCUCUCUGGAUUUUUCUUCCAAAAGCCAGUUUUCACACCAAGUUGUAAUUAUUCCACAGCAGUGUCAAAAGGAGUGUGCCGCGCUUCCUGCCAUUUGAAGCUACCUAUUGAAAAAAAAUGAUGUUAAUUAUGUUGCUAGUAAUGUUUUUUUUUUUUUUUUUAUUCGUUUUUUAUGUCGUUGCCAAAGCUGCAGUCUGUGAAGCUUUGGAGUUGACAUUGACAAGUUUGAAUUAACGUACUGUCGGUUUACUGGAGCAGCCUUAAAAUCUUCGGGGGUUUCUCUCAGGAUUUUGCACAGUAGGUCUCUUUGCCUUCCUAAGCCAGAUAUUGUAAAUAUUUCAGUGUUGGGAAAAAUCCAGCUGCGCAGUUAGCCGGCAAGAUUUUGCUAGAGCAAUGCUCAGUUUUAAUCAUUGGGUUCAUCAUUAGUUAGUUGUACAAGCUGAUCAAUCUGCUACAUGUCUAAUCAGUAAUAAUCUAAUUUUGCACACGGACAUGACCUUUUGAAAGGGCCUCUAUCACAGAUAUUGGAUGUUUGGGACUGCUGUUCUGAAGGACAUUUACAGACUUCAGUAUAAUAGGUCAUCUGUAAUCAGUAGUGUAGUGUAAUUAGUUUAAAAGUUUUUGUAAAAAUUAUUCGUGUUUUCCAGCUUUGCUCUGCUGCUGAAGCUGCCGCUACUCUGUACUGUAAAAUGGUAUUUUCUCAGGCAACGUUCACUGAAAGGGACAACAAUAAUUCAUACUUGAACAAGAAGAAUGACUGAUUAUUAAGGGAAAUGGUCAUAUUUUUUUAGUUGUUUUUUUUUCUCUUUUACUACUUUUUUCCGUUAAAUUGUUUUUAUCAUAUUAACUGAGUCCCCCUAUUUAACAUUUAAAGGCACCAUAUAAACUAUAUUAAAAAACCAUAUAAAAAGUGGUUUAUAACACACUACAAUGUAGUUAUAAGCAGAUGUAAUUGUUUGUGAAUGUAUUUGUUAACAUCUAUGACUCCUCAUGUGGACACCAAGAAGUGGACGCUGCUGUAUAAACAGAUGAUGAAUGACACUAUAGUAAAAUGCAGCUGUAGUAAUAUAAAAUGUCGUCAUAGAAGUUGUAAUUGUUGACAAAUAUUGUAUAUUAAUGAACACUUAGAAAAGUUCUUACAGCUGCAUAGAACUACAUUAUAGUGUGUUAUAAACAUUUAUUAAAUGUUAAAUACUGUUUAUAAACGCUAAAUGGGUGAAGUUAAAGUCUCAACCCCUUAAACCUUUUUUAAGUUCUGGUUAUAGAGCAGCUUUAAAUAAGCCAUAAUUUACUCUGCCUUGGCUGCUAAUAAAGUCAGCCUUUAGUUAGCAAAUGCUUUGUAUUGCAUUGCUUGUCAAACUUUGUCCGGGGACCGCCGACGGUAACGCUCUGUGCGGCCUCGAAAUGUUCGACGUCAGCGCCGUGAGCGGCGGUUGCAUCCGAGCUUUGUGACUGGCCCGAAAAAGAAGUCGUAGUGGCAGUAAUCUGACGAUAAUCUCGUGGACCAGGAGAUCAAAAGACACCAGGUGUUCUUUCUAAUAAAGAUAUCAGAUAUCAUGAUUUAAAACAGCACUUGUGUUAGCAUUAGAUAGGUGUAUUAAAAAGUACUUUGUCGUGGACUUGAAGCCUCAGAAGUGUCUCUGGUUUAAACCUCUGUUUAUUUUUCCCCAUUAUCUGAGGGAGGAAAUAACUCAGAGACUCAUCCAUUUUCAUAACCUGUUAUGGUAGCCUUGUUUGCUGCUGCUUGUCGCCUUUUUUUUUUUCAUUGUCUUUUUAAAAUUUUUAAUUAUUUAUUUAUUGUUUGCGGAGAUUCAACAUUUCGACAGAUUUGUUAUUACAUCACAGCCAUUUUUUCCAACUUGCACACCCAAAGUGUUGUCGUUUUUGCUGUUGUUAUGCUUCUUUGGACACUGUCCUGCUGAUGCGUUCACUGUCCGGGCCAUAUCAGUCUAACAGCAGUAAGCGUUUAUUGUAACAACAGGCCGUAAUUCACGGGACAGUUUGACUUGUCAAACACAGGUGUUAACUGUCAUUAAUAAUGGCUGCGUUUACUGAUGCACCUAAAUGGAACAGAUCUAUUAUUAAUGUCAGUAGUUACACCUCUGCUCAAGUCACAUGUCCACUGUGAGAAAAGUCGGUAAUUGCACUCCUCUGUACACUUCUGAGCUGAUGGGAGGGGGGGGGGCAUUUUAACAUGUAAUUAACAGCAAAUUACAACAAAUAACUUGAAAGAAAAGUCAGCUACUGUCACUUUUAUCUGUUCUGUGUGUCACUAUGAUUGACUGUUUUCUGUUUUUAUGUGGAAGCUGGUUACCUCGCGUUAAGUGAUUUACAUGGGACCGUUUUGCUAAACCAUGUCGCUGACGUGGUCAUUUUUAAUGAGCAAACUGAAAUGAGCAGACUGAUAAACCCUUUUUAACAGCGGACAUUUGUCAUUGCCGGAGAAGCACAGGUGUAAUUAGAGCUGCAACGAUAAGUCGACAGGAAUAUGACUAAUUAAAUAACUAGUCUGAUAAUCGAUUAAUCGUUAAAGUGAUUGCCAUUUUUGCAAAAAAAAAAAAAGAAAAAGAAAAAAAUAGUUUCUAGCCUCUCAAAUAUUAAGAUUUCCUGCAUUUCUUAUAUUACACUGAAUGUCUUUGAGUUUUGGGCGGUUUGGUCGGAUAAAAUGACAUUUGAAGACGUCAACCUGGACUCUGAGGAACUGGGAUGGAUUUCAGACAUUUUGUGGACUUAACGACUAAUCGAUUAAUGAACGGAA